UGACCGUGAAGGCGGCCGAUGAGGUUUGAUCUUCAGUGCUAAUCAAAACUCCAUUCAGACUAGUUGUGUGACGGAAAAAAAAUGGUGGGUGGAAAGAGAAAAACAAAAACAUGUGACAAAGGGUCGCAAAGACGCUGGAUAUGCCAACUACCUAAUGUUUUGAUAAGUGACAUACUUGCUCGUGUUCCUACAAAGAUUGCUGUAAGAACAGGCGUUUUGUCCAAAACAUGGAUUAAUCACUGGAAGAAUGUUCGUGGAUUGGACUUAGAGUCCUUUGAAUUCUCUGAUAUGGAUACCUUUGUGAGUUUUGUUCGAAGUUUUUUUGAUUCACACAGGGAAUCAACGAUAGACAAAAUAAGGUUAAGUGUUCACUAUUCUGAUUGUCACUCCCUUCUCACCCAAUGGACUGAUAUUGCGAUUAGGCGUAGGAUUCAGCAUCUCGAUGUUUGUUAUUAUGGCACUUGUUGCGAUGUUACGAUGCCCGUCAGUCUAUAUACAUGCAAGACGCUGGUGCACUUACGCCUUUGUUGGGUUGUCUUGGCUAACCUGGAGGUUGUUUCCUUGCCAUGCCUAAAGACCAUGCAUUUAGAAUGCAUUAGAGAUCUCACUGAGCCAACUGUGGAGAAACUUAUCUCAGGCUCUCCAGUUCUGGAAGAUUUAAUCAUUAUCAGACGAACUAGUGGUGAAAGGUUUAUACAAGUGCGCUCUAAUACGCUAAAGAGAAUCCACAUAGAUACCUAUACAGAAGUUGAGAUUGAUGCUCCUCUACUCGAGUGUUUGAGGACUACGGUUUAUUUAGAAAAGAACUUCAUGAUCAUCAAUUUGGGUUGCUCUACCACACUAGAUAUUGAUAUGGUCUUUCCUGAUGUGACUUGCACCAAACUUUUAAUUUGUGAUACUCUCACCGAUAUUCCGAGGUUCAGAGGCCUUGUUACAAGUAGUUACAUUUUGAAGAACAUCUUUCUACACUCCGAACCAGGACCAUUGCUUCAGUUCCGUGACCUAUCCCGUUUGCAUGUUAAGUUCUCUAAAUCCGAUCUUGAAAUGUUGCCAGCCAUUCUUGAAAGCUGCCCAAAACUACAAUCUCUCAUAUUGGAGUUGAUCAAGGACCCAAGUUAUAAGAAGAACAGAGAACCAAAGCUGAUGUUUUCAACAGUGCCUCCGUGUUUGGUAUCAUCUCUCAAGGUCGUGGAACUGAAACGUUUGAUCGCAAGGUAUGAAGGAGAAGUAGAGCUAGUAAGAUACUUCCUCAAGAACUCACCAAUCCUGGAGAAACUAAGGCUUGAUACUUACUAUACCAAAAAGGGCAUGCGUGAUUUCCUUAAAGAAGUCGUUGCAUUGCCAAGAUGUUCCAGCGCUUGUGAAGUCACUGUUCUCUAAAAAAAGACAUUUUCAUUUGAGGUAAAUUUGGAUGUUAAAAAAUGGUUGGUUUGAGUAACAUUUCUCAUGUAUUAAUGACCGAUUUAAAACUUUAUUUUGAAUUUUAUAAACAU